AUGACCAACCGGGAUACUCGGCUACAUUCCGCGGUGAGAAGCUACAACAGUGAUCUAGGCCCCAUAAAAUCGUUACUGGAACAGGAUGUCAGCGAUAUCGACGUCGCCAACUCGGAAGGCCAAACACCUCUUCACCUGGUCCUGGUUACCUUCAAUGAACUGGUCAAGAGUAGUCGCUUUCCACUUGGCUAUAUGGCCUACCGUUGGAGUCUCUACGAUAAGAUGGAUCUGAUCGAAUUGCUUCUAGAUUACGGAGCCGAUGUCAACGCCGUCGACGCCAAUGGCGAUACUAUCCUUCACCUAUUAGUCGUCCAACGGGACGGUUUCGUCUGCAAGAAGAUAGCCGAGCUGCUUCUGAAAUACGGAGCCGACGUUAACGUCGCCAACGUUAACGGCGAUACUCCCCUUCACACAUUGAUCGGCGAAAACGGUCGUUUGGAUACCUCUUGUAAUCUCGAGCUAGUCGUGUACCUUCUGGAACACGGGGCGGACGUCAACGCUGUCAACGCCAAGGGCGAAACCCCCCUACACUUGGCUGUUCGAAACGAAAGCUUCUCCACUGAAAAACUGAUCGAGUAUCUCCUGGAACGCGGAGCCAAAGACGAGGUCGUCGACGUCAACGGCGAUACCCCCUUGCAUGUAUUGUACCAGCAAGACAAAUUGUGCACUUGCAACCAUCUGAGGGUAUUCCUGAGAAAAUGUCGAAACAUCAACUCAACCAACUCCAAGGGCGAAACUCCUCUGCAUCUGACUGUCCGGAAUAAGAAGUACUGUCAGCUCCCGCUGAUAAAAUUGUUAGUGGAUCGCGGAGCCGACGUCGGUAGAGAAGACGCGCUGGGUGAGAACGUCUACCAGGCGUAUUGCAAGGCCGUGAGCGAAGAUGAGAAUCGCAGAAGGGAGCCCAUGCUGGAGGUACUGCUUCGGUCCGACGAACGGCGGUACAUGAACUCGUCGCUGCACGUGGCCAGUCUAUUUCACAACGUCGACUCGGUUCACAGGUUGUUGAGAAGAGGGGCCGACGUCAACGCCACAGCUGAUUUCGGCUUCUCACCUCUGUUCUACGCCCUCAUCGAGCACGAGUACAGAAGGGACAAGAUCGUCGAAAUGCGCUCGGUCGUGAAGCUGUUGCUCGAUUACGGCGCUGAUGUCGACCAUCAAUUCGCCCAUUCUGAUUUACUGUUAGAUACGGGGAUGGAAAGGUAUGGUCAUCAAUACGCGCAUGAAGUGUGCUCCCUCAUGGAAUUAGCAGAGUAUGGAACUAACGGAAUGUGUCACGAAGACUACAAGGCUGUUCGCUACCAUUUCUUCAAGCACGUGGUCAAGCUCUUGGCGCUAGUCGAAAUGGGCUGCAACGAGCAAUACGAUCAUCUAUUAGUUUCGAGGAAACCCCGGGAGAUAUGUCUUCGUUUACUUGGCGAGGAAGAAUUCAACGUCUGGCGCUCUCGCUGCUCCGAGGAGCUGAAUGCAAUGAGCGAGAUCGGGAUCGGCAAGAGCAAGUUGACCUUUCUGGAAUUGCUGCUCGCGAGCACGAGAGAGACGGCGAUUUUCGCGAAAAACAAGCUGUCGGUCGAGGCUUUUCACGCUGAAAAGGGCUUGUUUCCAAUGUACCACGCUAUGCUGGACGCGAAGCUUGCGAAGGCACUCGAGCGCCGAAAGCUUGUCGAAAGCGCGGCUACUGUAUUGAGCGAUGCUCUGAAAUUUGCCGAUCCGAGCGACGAGUUCUUCUCGAGGACGCUGGCUUAUUGCAGCAAUCAAGCUUUGAUAAACAUAAUUAAUCGAGGUUAA